GACAAGGAACAGUCAAGAGCCAACAGUUGACGAUGAACAACGAAGAACAGGACGGACGACUGCAAUCUCAAGUCUUCUGCUGCUAUGCUCCCGACUUGAGACCCAUCGCUAUCUUACUCUCAACCGUCCAUUUCUCAGCUAGAGCGAUCAUCCAACUUUCUCAUACCUCAAUCCACAUCCAAGUCGAGAUCGGCAAAAUAUUACAGGCUCAUGCUUAUAUCGACAAGAACGUGUUUACCGAUUGGCAUUUCAAGCCCCCAAUCCUCCCGAACAGUCAAAAAGAAAGAGCCAAGAAUUUGGGUGACUCGGAUGACUCGAAUGAAGAAGAAUCAGGCAAGAGAAAGAAUGAUGAUGAUGAAGAAGAGGAAGACGAGUUCGAUGUGAAGUUCGAGGUAUCGAUGAGCUCGUUGAUCGAAUGUUUGAACAUCUUUGGCACCGCAAGCUCGCACAAAACAUAUACGAAAAACUUUGCCGACAGUGCGAUCGACGACGGGUCUUCUAUUACCGGUCUGCCGGCUAAACGGAGGUUCGACGAUGAUAGUCUUGUUUAUCAGAAGGGGAAACCAGGGCCAAGUAAAGCUCGCAAACUUCCGACUAGCGCCGUGAGGAUCUCCUAUGACGGCGAAGGGCAUCCGUUGGUCUUGCUCAUCGAAGACAGUGGCGUGGUGACUCGAUGUUCUUUGAUGACCUAUGAAGCCGAUGAACUUGCUCAAAUGGAGUUUCCCGUCGAACGACAGAUGGUUCACCUCAUUAUGAAGAGUGAUUGGUUGAAGUCGGCAUUCUCACAAUUUGACGAUAAGAGUGGUACAGAUAUCACGUUCAUGUUUACGCCGACGCCAAGCACAGGUUGGUCAGCCCCAACAGAGCCGACUACUUAUCACAAUAACCGGCACAAACGGGAUGAAGAUCGAGCGAAUCGGCCGACGUUCCGGAUCGAGGUCGAUGGCGACUUGGGCUGCUAUACAAUCGACUUCCCUAAUGAUAAAGAUAUCUUGGAUACCUUUAUGUGCAAGAUUCCUGAGGGCUUGGAUCCUCAGGAUUUACAUCAGUUGGGCUUCGUUCGCAAUUCAUACAAGUUGUCUCAUAUUCUAAAAAUCAAGAAAGCUCUAGACGUGUCAAGCAAGACUUCGUUAAGAGUUGAUGAUACGGGAUUCUUGAGUCUUCAACUCUUGAUUCCUUUGGAAGAAGCUUCGACAAUGAAACGGAAAUGUGGCUAUGUCGAAUUCAUGUGCGUUCCGAUCGAAGAUGGAUAGUUUAAAAUUCCACUCUAUUUGUCACCCAUACCGAUAACCUUUCUUGUAUGUCAUGUAAACUAACUCAACAAAAAAAACCACAGCUGCAGAAAGAUGCCUAUGUAUGUGACGUUGAUCUUCAGUUCUUGACAAUGGCUCAUUAUUAUUCUAUCUGAUGUUGUGUUGUGUUGAAAUGAAAAAGUACAAUGUACGGAUUUCCCAAUCUAAGCACAAAAUCAUCUGUGUUUCUUGAAGGUGUUGUUUAUCCAAAUAUGAAGUAUCAGGUAAUUAGAGUAGAUUGAUUUG